AUGGAGGAGGAAAAGGUCCAAAUCACACAACUAUCGCCUCCUGCCAGCUCUUCGCAUCGGACAAGAGCCUUUGAUGACCAGGGCCACCUCCUGAGCCUUGUUCCCGAGCCUGGCACACUCUCUCCCUCCUCUCCCUUACCUUCCCCCUCCUCCCCCUCUCCUCCAGGCUCUGCCGUCCAUGCCCUGCAGUCCAAGGUGAAGGCUCUCUCCCAGAGAUCCGGCGGGAGAGAGAGAAAGAGGGAUUGGGAGGACAAGAGGGCCUUAGAGCUCCAGGCAGGGGGGCCUGUCUCGUCCCAGGCCCGGCCCAGGCAGAAGGCCCGCAGCAGGGUGGAGGUGCCACAGCCUGUGCCCUUCCAGUGCUUUGACCAAAGGAGGAGGUCCAGCAGUAGUGAAGAUGAUGUGGAGGAGGAGGUGGUGGCCAGGGUACAGCUCCACACCGACCUGACUGAACCACAGAGGGAGCAGGAGAGCUGGGGUGCCAUGGGGAAGGGGACAGAGAAGGGGGAGAGGGAAGGCCUGGCUGGAAGUGUGCCGGGGCAGCCUCAUGGGUUUGGGGAGGGGGCCAGCUUGGAGAGCUUGGACAACAUCCAGUCGGACAGCACCGGCGGAAACAAGGAGGACCCCCCUCCUUCUCCAAAACCUGCUCCUUCAUUCUCCUCUACCUCUUCUUCUUCCUCGUCUCCCUCCUCUCACAGACACUGGGCGCCCCCUAAAGGCUUCUGGAGGGUGGCACGCCCAGAGACUCCAUUUCUGAACGGAGUGGGCACUCAGACUACGAUGCCCAUAGCCUCGUCAUUUGUAUCUCUGAAGGACGAACCCCCUGCUAAUGCCACCCUGUCAGGGUUUCAGAGGAAGUCGAGACUGGCUUCUGUGGAUUCUGUAGUAGAGGACAAGGACGAGAACAAGGGCUGUUGGGACAUGCUGCGUUCAGACAGCCUGGAAUGCUACCUGGAGAGGUGUGAUAAGAGGGAAGUGAAGGAGAGGACGGACUGCACGGGGGGGCUGUGGAGGGCGGAGAGCUGGGAGAGCGUGUGCUCGCAGGAAGGGACGCUUUCGCUGUGGGAGACCGUGGAGGCCAACCAGAGAGCCAGAGGGCGGUCGGUGAACAGACGAAGGAACGCCAACAGAGAGGAGGAGAAAGGCAGUGUGGACAUCCCGUACCUCUGUGUCGACCAGAUAGACAAGAGAGAUGGUAUGAUUAUGAAGUUCCAGUGAAGUUAAAAAAUGUUGGUACAGCUUGUUGUAUGACAAGUCUGGGUGCUUGGAGAAGUUAACUGAAAAAGAUCGAUACAAAAUUCCCCUUGCUGACCUCUCAUGGUUGAAGAACAUCCAUCAAGAGUGUGGGAGGUACAUAAAUAGGUCCUGCUUUGGAACACAAAUCACUUGCUCAAUAAUAAUAUGGUUGGGGAGGAGGGCUUAGUUGCACCUUUUUAGAUGCACUUCCUUUUCAAGUGAAUGUCAAUUGUUUUGUAAGCAAACCAGGCAUCGUUGAUUAAGUAAAUCCAUUCAUUAUAAAGUGUGCUUACAACUGUUCAUUCUGGGGACCAGUCUCGGAUCAUGUGUCAGAUGAUCAGAGCUCUAUGGGUUCUAUUGCCUGUGAGUACCUCCCACCAUCAGGAGCACUUAGAGGAACAGAUGUGUUGGUGUUGUGUAGCUAUUAUUAGCACUCUGUGGAGGGGUGAGUCUGUUUAUGUCCUUUGCAUGUUUGAUUGUGUCUGCACAUUUGUGCGUUUGUUUGUUUGUGUGUGCGUGUGUGAUUGUGAGGGGGGGGGGGGGGGGGGGGGGGGUGAAAAUUGAACCACAGUGCACUGAGUGCAUGGCAUGAUCAGAUGGCAAUGUUUUAAUACCGAUCUGUUCCUGUCGUUAUGGUGUUAUGUAAGGCUUAUCUGACAGGCAUUAGGAUCAGAGACAAGCUUGGGGACGGUCCAUGGGCCUGAUGUGAUGUGUGGCUUACGACAACCUUUAUGGUUGAGUAAAGCCCUUCGCAGUUUAGUACCUGCAUAAAUGCUUUAACAAUGCACUUCUGCUGCUAUAUUUGCAUUAGAGCUAAAUUGUGAACAACAUAUCUCAAAUAAAAUGUAUUUGAAGCAUCUUCACCCUAAACGUCAACCAUGUGAAUUGAAAUUGGCUUUGUAUAACAAUGUAAUAGCAUUGUGUAAUACUAAGCUUGUUGAGUUGAACUGUUCCUUUGGAUUUGUUGCAACUGAUGUGUGAGGCGCCAUUUGCAUGGCAUGGAAUUAGGUUUGGAAAGCUUUAUUUUCAUGGUGAAAUUUCUGUUUUGUUUUCAGUGUCUCUAGACGCAUCUGCCUUCUGGGACCAUGAGUGGGAUUCAACCAUUCCACAACAAGAGCUGCUUGAACUGCCUGGGUAAGGAAUAUCACAUUAGUGUCUGCCUGCAUAGAAAAGAGGGGUGGUGUGUGUGCAAAGAUAGAUGGGGGUUCAACUACCUUUUGGGGGAUAGUUUUGCCCCCUAUAUAUUAUUUGUUUUGGGCCCCCCACUUUUUAAAUGGUAUCUACACCAAACAUAACAUUUUGUCCCAACUAGCAUCAUGCACACCUGAACAUUGCAUUGCCACGAGGGACAUGGCUGAAGUGUAAAUCCUUUUUAAUGAAGCAAUGAAAGCAGGCUUGCCAAUGCUGGAAAACCAUGUCAAAAAUAAUUUUUGUCAGAGCUACAGAUUAAAACAUAAGCUACGUAAAGAUGCUAAGAAAGCAUGUGACAUCAGAUCACACCUCUCCCAUGAGAGGAAGUAGUGGAUAAAUACGAACAUUACAAAGCUAAGCUACAGACACAACAUCUUCCUCCAUCUUCCUUAAAUACAGGAGUGGAUGAGUAUGCAGAUGACAGGGAUAAGCCAUGGGCGUGUCAUGCUCUCCUGGCCACUAAAGCAGAUAGAGCAGAGGAUCAAGUGGAAUACAAUGGAUAAAGUACAAUACAGGGGCUAAGCUAAGCUAUUGGGCGUAUGAUGCUCCUUUCCUAUUGCUCGCCACCAUGCUCCAGUCCAAUCUGAUAUUAUAUAAGAAGGCUUAACAUAGAAGACUCGGGCGUUCAUAGCUCCAUUCUCUAUAAGUCUAUCCGUAGGGCAUAUGAUAUUCUCUGGAUAUGUAACUGUGCAGGAUCAGCUCGGUUCAACUGAAGGCCCCAGAUGUGUGGUGCAGGCAAAUGAGUCAAGAAAAAAAUACAUUUCAAAUGAUUUCAGGGCUACACAAAAUGUGGAAUUUGACCUUAGUGAUUACUGUAGGCCUGAAAAAUGAAUAUGAACCUCAUCAAUCACAUCAGCAAUAUGCUAAUAGAUCUUUAAUUCAGCAAGCCAUGAAUAUUACAGCAAUAUUGGACCACUGUCUUGUUGCCCCCCACCUCCACCCCCCUCCUUUUACCCCCUCCAGUAAUUUCAAUAAUGUGGGUUCGGAUCUCACUGCUGUCAUCAAUUGUGGAAGGCGAGGAUUUAGUAAAGGGUAGGGCAACUUCUUUCUUCAAUGGUGAUGUAACAAUAUCAUAGAGGUAGAUAGACGGCGCACUUGGACCAAAAGCCUGCUUUAGCAUGGGCAGCGCCAUUGAGGACUUUCACCAUUUCGAAGUAGUCAACUAGGUGGAACUUGUUAUGGGUUAAGGAAGAAUCACAGAAUUCCAUCCAGGUCAGCAGCUUUAAACCUGUUCAGACUAUACAUACUCCAGCACAGUAGGUGGUGAUAUGCACCUUUUUAGUUUAUUUACAAAUCGCUAAUACACUCAUAGAAGAAGAAGAAAUGGACUACUUUAAAAUGGAGCUAGCCCCCAAUGGUGCUGCCCAUGCUGUCACAGAAGACACCUUUACAAAGAUAAAACGCGUGCUAUCUUUCCAUGUCUAUGAUCAAUCAAUAAACAAACAUGUUACCACUUCAAUCACUAGCUCAAAGACAACCCUAAACCCAAAUCAUCCCAACAAACUAUUCAAGUAUCCCACAGGGUGAUUACGCCCUCUCAUGGCAAGGAUUGGUAAGACAUUUCUAUCACAUAUAUAUAUAUAUAUAUAUAUAUAUAUAUAUAUAUAUAUUUCUAUAUCUCCCUCUCCCAUUUACCCUCUGUCUCUGUGUGAUUGACAGGUCACACUUCAACCCUGACAAAAUUCCCCUGAGCCCCAGACACGAGCGGGCCAUGCUACUGCUGGAGAGGGCUCGGUUAAAAGCCUGCUUCAAUCGCCCCCCAACUCGCCGUGCCCAUUCCGCCCAGAGAUACAACCCGUAAGUCAGCUGUGCCCUGCUGUCAAUCAACUGUAUUUGCUCCUUUGUCGAUCUCUAUCAAUACCCCCCUCUGUUCAUCUGACUACCUGUCUGACUACCUGUACCUUUUGAGAAGUGUAACGUGGUCCCCAAAAAACGUUUGAUUUCACCACAUUUUUACAUUCUGUCAUAAAGAGCACAUGUUCAACUUCAUAAAAAAUACGUUUUCCCAUCUCAAGAGGUUAAUUAAAAAAAUUACUAUAGUAAGUGCUUAUUAAGUACCAAACAAAGUAACAGGGUUGACCGUAACAGGGUUGACGAUUUAAUCUUAAAUCAGCCAUAAAUCCCCUUGUGACAGUGGGAAUGGAAGCUUAUUGUGUGCAACAGAGAGUGGCAAUUGAAGGCAAGCUUCACAAAAAAUAUAUAUAUAGUUGCUAAAACAUUUCUAACCUGUCUAUCUAUGGGUAACAGGGUUGACAUGUUAUGCUCGACCCACUCAGUUUUCCACCACAAAACACCAAAAAAGGUGCCUUUUUUUUAACCAGCUCACCUGUUUUUACACUAUGAUUUGACUAUCAGGUGUUUAAUGUUUCUUUAGAAAAAAAUAUUUAAAAAAGGAAUAGUUUCACCAUAUUAAAAGUUUGUUCACGUAACAGGGUUGACCUUGGAAUGAGGGACAGAGGUUCAUUAAUCACUAAUCACAAUAAAUAAAUAAUAAUCUUCAGAAAUGACUUUGUCAAAGCAACAAAAUAACUAGGGCUUUACAAUGAUGGUGAAACUUGGGGACAUUUUUGGAUUAGAAUUGGCACAGUGUUGACGGAGGUAGGCUGCCCAUAAUGGCUGAAACAGAGCAGUACCUAGCCAGUUGUUUUGCUCUACCCUUAGGCACACACACACACACACACACACACACACACACACACACACACACACACACACACACACACACACACACACACACACACACACACACACACACACACACAACAUGAUUACUCAUGUCCUUUCAAGUAUUUGUGUCAGCAGAAAUUAUGAUUUGUGUCUAUGUACAUAUUUACAGACUGCCAGUAAGUGUGUAUAGUCAUGAUUGCAUUAUCUACGAAGUUUGCUUCCUUGUUCUAUCCAGCAGGAGGCAGCAGUCUGGGAGUGGUUCACCACCGCUCCAAAAGGCUGUGGCUGUACAACCAAAAGAAGAGCUGACAGACCCUCCCUCACCCGGCCCACUCCUCAUCCCACAAAGGAAAGACCCCUUCCCUGGGGGGCGUAAUUUUCGGAAUGGUAACUCGCCCACACGGGUGCGGUUUGAGGACGAAUCAGAGAAGGAAGUGGAGUCUCGCUACCUGGAUCGGGUGAGGGAGCGUGGGCGGGCCACGGGUCAGAAAUCCAAGGGCAUUCUGGAAAAGAAGACAGUGCGUAGCAUCAGCAUUACAGGCCCUACUCCAACACUGGAGGAUGUCAGUUUCACGAACGCUGCUUCUACCCAGAUGACGGCGGUAGUGGUGGUGGUGAGGAAAUGUGAAGCUUGUGGAUCUAUUCUUAGGGAUCCUCCGGUGCCCGAACCAGAGACUGCUAUGGCCCAGCCCGGCAACGUGGAGGAGAAUCAGGGGAAGAAGGUCCCUCGCUGGGUUCCCCCAGCUCAAUCAGAUGGGAUCCCCCAACUAGACCAGCCCAGCAGUGUCCGCCCCAAAGUGGCAGCGGUCACCUUCGGGGAGGUCCUGAUUCUGGGAGAGAACACAGAGGGCGGGGCCGGGGGUGGAGAGGGGGAGAAGGCCUCAGGUUUUGGGAAGCUGAGGAGACGCAGCAAGAAGGGAGAGAGCCGGCUGAAACUCGUCGGAUCGGGUCACGGCCCCUAUGGUGCCUCGUGGGCCCACCGUCGGAAUUCCAACCCCAGAAACAGGGUCAAUGUGUGCAGGCGAGCCGUCACCUUUGCUCUGGGCAGCCCUGUAGCUCUGGACCGCCCUCUGGUGGGAGCCUCCGGAAACAGCAUCCCCAAGGACAGGGACGCCCCCACUCCGCCGCUGCCCAUUAAGUCAGCUCUGAAGUCAGGCUCCAAGAGCAGGGCAAGUGGGCAGCGUGUGGUCAAGCUCCUGCCUUCGGUUCAGUAUCGACUCAUCAAUCUGGAUGAGGCCGGGGGGCACCAUGACCUCAUCACCGCAGAGCAGCAUGGAGAGGGUCCUAUCUCUGCCCCCCCAGGGUCUCCCCCUAGCUCCGCCUUGGUCCCCUGCAUCCGGUCAUCCUCCCUCAGGUACUCCCCUGCCAGGAUCACCCCUGACCUCCCUCCUGCGGAACUCUGGGAUACUGCUGCAGAUGGAGCUGGUGAGUUAAUAUGUAUUGCACUGAAAGGAAGUAAACUUGAUGUGAUGUGCACAUUACUCUUGUGAAUCUCAAAAAGAUUUUGUCCACUGAAUGUGUCUUUCAUUCACAUCUAAAAUCGCUCUCUCUUCCAGGUCUGGUGCUGAGUGGAGAUGUGUGUCGAGAUCUGUCGGUGGCUCUUCCAGAGUGCCGCCCUGCGCUGCGCUGCUUGGGUGUGUCCCGAGCUGAGGACCUGAGGGCGGAGCUACUGAGAGCAGAGCACCUGAAGGCGGAGGCUCAGUGGGACGACGGCCUAGAGGGGGCUCGGUCAGUGUAGAUCCCACUGCUGACAACAAAUUCAAGUCACCCAUAUACAGGGGUCCUGUGUGUCUCAGUCGGCAUAGCAUGGUGUUUGCAAUGCCAAAGGUUGUGGGUUCUAUUCCCGCUGGGUUCACCCAUACGUAAAAAUGUAUGCGUACAUGACUGUAAGUCGCUUUGGAUAAAAGCGUCUACUAAAUGGCAUAUAUACUGAACAAAAAUAUAAAUGCAACACAUAAGAAUUUGAAAGAUUUUACUGAGUUACAGUUCAUAUAAGGAAAUCAGUCAAUUUAAAUAAAUUCAUUAGGCCCUAAUCUAUGGAUUUCACAUGACUGGGAAUACAGAUAUGCAUCUGUUGGUCACAGAUACCUUUUAAAAAAAGGUGACAUGUCUGGUGAAUAUGCAGGCCAUGGGGCCAUGCGUUAUCAUGCUGAAACAUGAGUUGAUGGCGGCGGAUGAAUGGCACGACAAUGGGUAUCAGGAUCCCAUUGUGAGAAAUAAGCUUUUUGUGUGUAUGGAACAUUUCUGGGAUCUUUUAUUUCAGCUCAUGAAACAUGUUGCGCUUUAUUUUUGUUCAGUGUAUAUAUAUAUAUAUAUAUACUGUAUGUAUAAUGUAUGGUUCAUGUAAAUGGUGUGUUGUUGUUUGUCUAUCUGACAGUGAGUCAACACUGCCCCCUCCUGAGAGUAAAGCAAAGCUUCAUGCUCUACAGCUUGUUUUGGCAGUGAGCUUCAAGAACUCUCUGAUGGGGUGGAUAAUUGCAACACUAUUACCAACUCUGUGAUUGCAUUAGUACAGCUGGCACCAUACAGUUUAUUUGCUUUAUUGUAAUAUAUUUUGCAGGAAUUUCACUGUAACAGCAUGAUUCAAUAGAACAUAAACCAAUGUUCAGCCUGGUUUUUCACAUACAACAUAUAUGUUUUGCUCUGUCUGUAUGCGUUGGUAACAUGUGUAGGAGGUCUAUGGCAGAGCGGGACAGUAGACCCAAGCUCUCACUGCGACGGUUCUUCUCCUCCAUUGGGCUGCACAGUGUGGGCAGGCUGGUGAAGGGAGGGCGCUCCAGCAGCAUGGAACAGCUCAGUAUCUCAGCGCCCCGGGCCAGCUCCACCUCACCCAGCCCCACCCACAGGCUUCACCCCAACGCCCGCCUGCAGAGGACCCCCUCGCUACAGGCCCUGCGCACAGUAAGCACCACACAUUCAAUUCAGCUCAGUUGCGUUCUAUUCAAUCUAGUUCAGUUCAAUUCAAUGUAGUGUUUUCACUAACUCAUUUGUCAAGCAACAGAAAGGACUAUGCCACUUUACUUUUAUGCCAUUCUUUAACAUUUUCAUGUUGAGAUGCAAUUUUCAUGGCUGACAUACAAGAGACUGUCUGUGACUGUCAGGACUCAGGAGACAACAUCAACUGCAUGGAUGAUGACACCCUGUUGCAAUGUUCUUCUCUGUCACCAGCUGUCCCCACUGGCCCAGCUUCGGAAAGCAUCCUCUGUGCAGAGUCUGGAGAGGAGAGUGGAGCGUUCAACCAUUCUGGGAGGGGUGCCCGUGCCUUACAGCCUGGCACCCAGGUACAGAGUGUGUGUGUGUGUGUGUGUGUGUGUGUGUGUGUGUGUGUGUGUGUGUGUGUGUGUGUGUGUGUGUGUGUGUGUGUGUGUGGAGAGAGAGAGAGAGAGAGAGAGAGAAGGACAAAAUAGAUGUAUCAUUGUGUCUAGGCUCUAAAUCAACCAGCUCUGCCAAUAGUACUCUGAACUUUCCAAUCUUUCAAACGGUAAAAAAAAACUAUCAUGAAACAGAAAUUCUAUUCCAAUCAAGACAUUUCAGGAGAACAUAAGGAACAUAAAUACUAGGAACGUGAAUACUGUAAUCCUUUUUGACACAACACUACAAACACAGGCAGUUCUCCAUCAUCUACACUGAACAAAAAUAUAAACGCAAUAUGUAAUGUGUUGGUCCCAUAUUUCAUGAGCUGAAAUAAAAGAUCCCAGAAAUUUUCCAUAUGCACAAAAAGCUUAUUUCUCACAAAUGUUGUGCACAAAUUUGUUUACAUCCCUGUUAGUGAGCAUUUCUCCUUUGCCAAGAGAAUCCAUCUACCUGACAGGUGUGGCAUAUCAAAAAGCUGAUUAAACAGCAUAUUAAAUAAUUAAAUAAAUAAAUAAUUGGUCAUUUAGCAGACGCUCUUAUCCAGAGCGACUUACAGGAGCAAUUAGGGUUAAGUGCCUUGCUCAAGGGCACAUCGACAGAUUUUUCACCUAGUCGGCUCGGGGAUUAGAACCAGCGACCUUUCGGUUACUGGCACAACGCUCUUAACCACUAAGCUACCUGCCGCCCCAUAUUCAUUACACAGGUGCACCUUGUGCUGGGGACAAUAAAAGGCCACUCUAAAAUAUGCCGUUUUGUCACACAACAAAAUGCCACAGAUGUUUCAAGUUUUGAGGGAGUGUGCAAUUGCCAUGCUGACUGCAGGAAUGUCCACCAGAGCUGUUGCCAGAUAAUUGAAUGUUCAUUUCUCUACCAUAAACUGCCUCCAAUGUCGUUUUAGAGAAUUUGGCAGUAGGUCCAACCGGCCUCACAACCACAGACCACGUGUAACCAUGCCUGGCCAGGACCUCCACAUCCGGCUUCUUCACCUGCAGGAUCGUCUGAGACCAGUCAUCCUGACAGUUUAUGAAACUUUGGGUUUGCACAACCAAAUCAUUUUUGCACAAACUGUCAGAAACCGGAAGCUCAUCUGCAUGCUCGUCGUCCUCACUAGGGUCUUGAACUGACUGCAGUUCGGCGUCGUAGCCGACUUCAGUGGGCAAAUGCUUACCUUCGAUGGCCACUAGCACACUGGAGAAGUGUGCUCUUGACAGAUUAAUCCAGGUUUCAACCGUACUGGGCAGAUGGCAGACAGCGUGUAUGGCGUUGUGUGGGCGAGCGGUUUGCUGAUGUCAACGUUGUGAACAGAGUGCCCCAUGGUGGUGGUGGGGUUAUGGUAUGGGCAGGCAUAAGCUACGGAAAACGAACACGAUUGCAUUUUAUCGAUGGCAAUUUGAAUGCGCAGAGAUACCGUGAUGAGAUCCUGAGGCCCAUUGUCGUGCCAUUCAUCCGCCACCAAUACCCCAUGUUUCAGCGUCCGUAAUGGGUCCGCGGUCAAACGACCACCCCUCAUCACUGUCAAACGGUCCCUAAAACACUUUAGCGAGCAGGCUUUUCUAAUUGACCUGGCCUGGGUAUCCUGGAUGGAUAUUGACCUCAUUCCGUCAGUAGAGGAUGCCUGGUUGUUCUUUAAAAGUGCUUUCCUCUCAAUCUUAAAUAAGCAUGCCCCAUUCAAAAAAUUCAGAACUAAGAACAGAUAUAGCCCCUGGUUCUCCUCAGACUUGACUGCCCUUGACCAGCACAAAAACAUCCUGUGGGGUACUGCAUUAGCAUCGAACAGCCCCCGCGAUAUGCAACUUUUCAGGGAAGUCAGGAACCAAUAUACACAAUCAGAUAGGAAAGCAAAGGCUAGCUUUUUCAAACAGAAAUUUGCAUCCUGUAGCACUAACUCCAAAAAGUUUUGGGACACUGUAAAGUCCAUGGAAAAUAAGAGCAUCUCCUCCCAACUGCCCACUGCAAUGAGGCUAGGAAACACUGUCACCACCGAUAAAUCUACAAUAAUCGAGAAUUUCAACAAGCAUUUUGCUACGGCUGGCCAUGCUUUCCACCUGGCUACCACUACCCUGGCCACCAGCUCUGCACCCUCCGCUGCAACUUGUCUGGACCUCUGGCUGUCUCUAUGGGGGUGCCACAGGGUUCAAUUCUCGGGCCGACUCUAUUCUCAGUGUAUAUCAAUGAUGUCGCUCUUGCUGCUGGUGACGCUCGGAUCCACCUCUAUGCGGACGACACCAUUUUGUAUACAUCUGGCCCUUCAUUGGACACUGUGUUAACAAACCUCCAAACGAGCUUCAAUGCCAUACAACACUCCUUCCGUAGCCUCCAACUGCUCUUAAACACUAGUAAAACGAAAUGCAUGCUCUUCAACCGAACGCUGCUUGCACCCGCCCACCCGACUAGAAUCACUACUCUCGGUGGGUCUGACCUAGAGUAUGUGGACAACUACAAAUACCUAGGUGUCUGGUUAGACUGUAAACUCUCCUUCCAGACUCACAUUAAGCAUCUCCAAUCAAAAGUUAGAUCUAGAAUCGGCUUCCUAUUUCGCAACAAAGCCUCCUUCACUCAUGCUGCCAAACAUGCCCUCGUAAAACUGACUAUCCUACCGAUCCUUGACGUCGGCGAUGUCAUUUACAAAAUAGCCUCCAACACUCUACUCAGUAAAUUGGAUGUAGUCUAUCACAGUGCCAUCCAUUUUGUCACCAAAGCCCCAUAUACUACCCACCAUUGUGACCUGUACGCUCUUGUUGGCUGGCCCUCACUACAUAUUCGUCGCCAAACCCACUGGCUCCAGGUCAUCUAUAAAUCACUGCUAGGCAAAUCCCUGUCUUAUCUUAGCUCACUGGUCACCAUAGCAACACCCACCCGUAGUCUGCGCUCCAGCAGGUAUAUCUCACUGGUCAUCCCCAAAGCCAACACCUCCUUUGGCCGCCAUUCCUUCCAGUUCUCUGCUGCCAAUGACUGGAACGAACUGCAAAAAUCUCUGAAGCUGGAGACUCUUAUCUCCCUCACUAACUUUAAGCGUCAGUUGUCAGAGCAGCUUACCGAUCACUGGACGUGUACACAGGCAUUCUGAAAUUAGCCCACCCAACUACCUCAUCCCCAUAUUGUUAUUUAUUUUGCUAAUUUGCACCCCAGUAUCUCUAUUUGCGCAUCAUCUUUUGCACAUCUAUCAUUCCAGUGUUAAUUACGAAAUUGUAACUAUUUUUGCACUAUGGCCUAUUUAUUUAUUGCCUUACCUCCAUAACUUACUACAUUCGCACACACUGUAUAUAUAUUUUCUGUUGUAUUUUUGACUUUAUGUUUUGUUUACCCCAUAUGUAACUCUGUGUUGUUGUUUUUAUUGCACUGCUUUGCUUUAUCUUGGCCAGGUCGCAGUUGUAAAUGAGAACUUGUUCUCAACUGGCUUACCUGGUUAAAUAAAGGUGAAAUAAAAUAAAUAACUAAUGCAAGGCCCCUUGUCGCAAGGAUCUGUACACAAUUUCUGGAAGCUGAAAAUGGCCCAGUUCUUCCAUGGCCUGCAUACUCGCCAAACAUGUCACCCAUUGAGCGUGUUUGUGUACGACAGCGUGUUCCAGUUCCCGCCAAUAUCAAGCAACUUCGUACAGCCAUUGAAGAGGAGUGUGACAACAUUCCCCAGACCACAAUCAACAGCCUUAUGAACUCUAUGUGAAGGAGAUGUGUCGCGCUGCAUGAGGCAAAUGGUGGUCACACCAGAUACUGACUGGUUUUCUGAUCCACGACCCUACCCUUUUUUUUUUAAGGUAUAUGUGACCAAUGCAUAUCUGUAUUCCCAGUCAUGUGAAAUGCAUAGAUUAGGGCCUAAUGAAUUUAUUUCAAUUGACUGAUUUCCUUAUAUAAACAGUAACUCAGGAAAAUAUUUUAAAAUUGUUGCUUGUUGCGUUUAUAUUUUUGUUCAGUGUAGAUUGUAGACCUUAUUCACACUAGGCAAUGUUUGACUUGGCAAAAUGCCUUGUGUUCAUAAAUAUGAACUAGCUAGAUUAUUGUAAGAACCCAAUUUCCAAUAGGAAACGGAUUUUGACAAACUGCCACCAAUUUCUCAUGAAGGUAAAUAUACCCCCACUACAUUUCACCGAGAUGUCUGUAUCCUACUAUUUCUACAGAGUGAUCCAGAGAGCCCUGAGCGUGGAAGAGGUGUUAGCCCCUCGGGUGUUGCGUCCCAUGGGGCGGGUCGUCCAGGCCUUCCCUGAUGGGACCCUUCUCCUAGAGCUCACCAGACCCCCCAAUGGCCCCUUUGGUUUUGUCAUCUCAAGAGGCAAAGGUCGACCGGUCACAGGUAUAUUAAAGCACCUUUACGGUAUAACUGGGUUCCAUUAGAUGUUCAUGUUAGAGUGUGGAUGCGAGGGUGCAUAUUCAUGGAACACCUAAUUGAAGUGAUUUUAGUUGGGUGCUUGGGAGGGCAUUUUACCUGAGUGUGUAAUGACAUACUAUAUCAUGAUUGUGAAUGUACAUAUUCUGGUGUUUGUGUACCAAUGCCAUUACCUAUUGUGCAUAUUCUUAGGCUUUGUGGAGAAAGUAAUUGGUCCUCCAUUCUCUCUCUUUCUCUCUCUACCUCCUUCCCCAUUUAUCUCCAUCCCUCUCCAUCUCUCUAUCGCUCUAUCUCCCUUCCUCUCCAUCUCUCUAUCGCUCUAUCUCCCUUCCUCUCCAUCUCUCGCUCUCUCCCUCCCUCUCCAUCUCUCUCUAUCUCCAUCCCUUUCCAUCUCUAUCUCUCUAUCUCCUUCCCUCUCCAUCUCUCUAUCUCCUUCCCUCUCCAUCUCUCUAUCUCCCUCCCUCUCCAUCUCUAUCUCCCUCCCUCUCCAUCUUUAUCUCCCUCCCUCCCUCCCUCCUCUCUCUCUCUCUCUCCCUCCCUCUCCAUCUCUCUCUCUCCCUCCCUCUCCAUCUCUCUAUCUCCCUCCCUCCCUCUCGUCUCUCUAUCUCCCUCCCUCUCCAUCUCUCUCCCUCCCUCCCUCUCAUCUCUCUAUCUCCCUCCCUCUCAUCUCUCUAUCUCCAUCUCACUAUCUCCAUCCCUCUCCAUCUCUCUAUCUCCAUCUCUCUAUCUCCCUCCCUCUCCAUUGCUCUAUCUCCAUCUCUCUAUCGCUCUAUCUCCAUCCCUCUCCAUCUCUCUAUCUCCAUCUCUCUAUCUCCAUCUCUCUAUCUCUCUAUCCCCAUCUCUCUAUCUCUCUAUCUCCCUCCCUCUCCAUCUCUCUAUCUCCCUCCCUCUCCACCUCUCUAUCUCCCUCCCUCUCCAUCUCUCUAUCUCCAUCUCUCUAUCUCUCUAUCUCCCUCCCUCUUCAUCUCUCUAUCUCCAUCUCUCUAUCUCUCUAUCUCCAUCCCUCUCCAUCUCUCUAUCUCCAUCUCUCUAUCUCCCUCCCUCUCCAUCUCUCUAUCUCCCUCCCUCUCCAUCUCUCUAUCUCCAUCUCUCUAUCUCUCUAUCUCCAUCCCUCCACCCGUGCCUUCCUUCCACCUCUCUCUCUCAUCUCAGGUGUGUAUGUGGAGCAGGUAGGGGACGGUACUGAGGACGGCCUGUACUCUGGGUUCCUGGGUGCUGGGGAUGAGAUCCUGGAGGUGAACGGGGAGGCGGUGGCUGGACUGACCCUGGAUCAGGUGACACGCCUCAUGACCAGCAACAGCACUGCCUCUAUCCAUAUAUCCUGCCACAAUGUCGGAACCAGCGCAGAGCAAUGCAACACUGGAAUAUUUCAUUAUCCAUUUCAAUGA